UGCCUAUCUACUGAGCAAGAACUGAUUAAGUGUUAUCCACACUAGCAUUUUGUAUCAUGUGCUGAAGUUUUGACUUUUAGUUAGAAGUUGAAUGUGAGUUAUCUUUGGAAACUCUCCAUGGUUUGCGAGAGAAAUAAAGCGGAGCGAACGGGCAGUGGGAGUUGAACUUCACGGCUAGAAACGCGAUGGACUCAGGUACGGCUUUUUUUCUUCGUCCAGGUUUAGCGUGUUUGUAGCCCCGCAUGACGAUAAGCGGGUACUAUUCAGACAGUAGUUAGUUGCAAAAUUUUUUUCUUGAGAUUGAGCUAGUCGUGAAUGAAAGCAACAAGCUUUUGGAUAAUUGCAUAUGGACACUACUGCGCACGAAAAAGCAGCCUAUUCACCUCAUAUAAUUGAUGAAGUUUUUAUGACCUUACUACUUUUUUAGCAGGCGGCGAUCCAUCGAUCGGAGGCCCAGUGGUCCGGAAAAAUAAGAGGGGCAGUUUUUCGACGACGCAAAGGAACCGCAAGGUCCCGGACUCAACAUUUUCCACUGAUCAAGAAGUCUUCUCCGAUGGCACAAACGCAGCCUCUAGUGUACUUCCGAGUCUGCGCUUGGAGGAUGCGCAGAUUGCGGAACACUAUAUUUCUGGUGUCGCCGUCGAUGUGCCUCAGCGGUACAUAUCACACUUCUACUCCGCCCCUGGUGGGAAGGGAGACCUAAGAACCCCUGGGGGGGCGCCACCUCUGUGUGGACUAAAACUGGCGCGAAUUUCUGCCCCUGGUGGGACGGCGAAUCUGCUUGCGCGCCCCAGGUGGGACGCCUCUGCAAGAAGGACCGCCUGCGCGCUUCUUUUUGCCUUUGCCUGCGUGUUUUAGCGCGCUCUAGACGAGAAAGCGCGAGGCCCUUACUGUCUUCCCUGGGAAAUACUUGGGAAGCCCUCUGCGUGAGGUUUCUGGUCGCUUUCCUCCGAUGAUGCACAAGAACGAACACGAAGAGAGACGGCCAGCCCGGGGCGCCCUCCUCCAUUGUGUGCCAGGGCAAUCGCACUCUUGAUGAGGUGAGUGACCCGCCAAGGGCGCAGCAGGAGCAGGGGCGCGGUGGUGAUGGUUUCGGUGCUCCGUGUGUUCUAAGUGUCCAUGGUGAGGAGAGGCCCACAGCCCCGGCAGGUUGGUGGCGCCUCGGUGUUUUCCAUGAGGGCAAGGGGGUCGCUGGGUUGCAGGUGCGACGCCUUGCGUGGCUUUGUUGGUUGCUUGUGUUGCUUGGUUGUUGGAUGUUUGUCGGACAGUCUACACGGCCCAGGUGUGUAGCCUGGUCGCUCACCUCCCCCUCGUAGGGAUGAGGUGGCCUCCCGCCCUCUGUCUCUGUUCUUGCCACCUCCACGCACGGUACAGCUACCUAGGUUGGUAGCUUCUCUCUGGGCUCCGAUCGCUCGGCUCCGGCAGCUGUGUUGAGGAGGCCAAGGCGGUGCGGUCACUGUUAUUGCUGGACGACACAGCUGAACACCUGCCGCCGGCUCCCUGGUUGGGGUUUGUUUCUCUUCGCUCUCUGGAACACGCGCGCGCGUGACGGCAUGGCCCCUACCCGGCCACAAGUUCCCCUGGAGCUUCUACACGGGCGUCCUGACUUGCCGCAACCGCAUCGCGUGAGCCUUGUAUGUUCAUUCUAGCAGGCCGCUUGCUUUGCCGCACACUAGUGAAUAAGGCCCACCGCGUUGCCGAACUCCUUCUAUACAUACAUACAUAUCACACUUCUAUCCUGCGAGCUGUAGUACGUUGAUAAUGUUACUGCUACUAGGUAGUAGAUAAUUACACAAGAUAACGUCUGUGUCUAUCUUGUUGAUCUUGCACUGCCACCGGACAAGAUGGGGUCUCUCAUACAAAAGUUGCAUUAGCGUAAACUUAACGUUUGUAAUAGAGAUUAUUUAAAGGAUUCCACUUAGUCUUAAGAGGAUUUAUUUCACCAGGUACUCAGUAUCGGCAGACGUCCCUAUUUUGGGAGCCGGCGCUUAUGGCGUGGUUUACGCAGCUGUGGAUCGACAUACUGGGAACAAAAAGGCGAUCAAAAAAAUCGAGAAUGUUUUUGAACACUUGCAGACGGCGCGAAGGACUCUGCGAGAGCUUCGCUUACUGCGGUACCUUCGCGGCCACGAAAACCUUUUGAAUCCUGAGGCAGUCUAUUUCGCUCCAGAUGCUCAAGCCUUCGAACAUCUCUACCUGGUCACGGACUGUGUUGACACGGACCUAGGAAGUAUUAUCUUUUUUUUUUGGCGAGAAUGAGCAUGACUGCAAGUGGAAUGAGAAGAACAUUAUGUGAAGACAAGUCUGCCGUAAGCUCACUGAAGUUGUUUACUGAAGUCUGAUUCAGAAAAAUUAUGAUCCGGGCUAUCCUCCUUGAGCUUGAACCACUAACGAAAUGUCGAACAACUCCACAGAUCUCCUACGGCGGCGUGACUUGCGAAUGGAGCAGACGCAUCAUAUGUUUCUGCUGUAUCAGUGUUUACGGGGUCUUAAGUUCAUGCACAGCGCUUGCGUGAUGCAUCGAGAUCUCAAGCCGAAGAACUUGCUCGUGUCUACCAACUGGGACUUAGUCAUUUGCGAUUUCGGACUAGCUAAGAUUUUACCGGAAAAGAGUCCGCACACGAACACUGAAGGUCUGGGUAGUGAAGCAGUAUUAGUUAAGGCUUCUGUGGAUGACAUCCCUCCUGAGAAGGGUUUGACGAGUUUCCUUUUUAGAAGGCUUCUCCAAGGGACGAGGGUUUCUUUGAUACCUGUAGGGAAGUAGAAGAGAGAAGAAAUUUUGGCACUACGUACUGCAAAUACUGGAAUGGCAUGUUAGGUGUAGGUCUAAGUUAGGAGACGAGUCAGACCCGGACGCAGUGAUGACGCAAUACGUUUGCAGCAGGUACUACAGAGCUCCCGAAGUCCUGUGCGAGAAGCGGAGUUACGACUACGCCAUCGAUAUGUGGGCUCUAGGCUGUAUUUGGGCAGAAAUGAUAUCUACCGGGAAUAUCUGCUUUCUAGGAAAUAAUACACAGGUAUUCAUCUUGUCGAUGAUCUAUUUUUCCCCGACUAUCUGGAGUACAUGAGAACUUUACGUUUGUGAUGGAUUUCAGCACCCGCCGACUCGAUUUUGGUCGAUCACACAUACUUUAUUUUUUUCAGGGUGUUUUGCGCAGCAUAAUCCGCGAGCUCGGUGGCCCGCCAGUUGGAUGGCUCGACGACGUCAGUAGUGAGAAAUGCAAGGCGUUCGUUAUGCAGUGCGCUGCGGAAUUGCCGCCGGCGACAGAAAUGCAACUUCAUUGGGAUUACGCGAAUACUGGUUUUUUUCCCUUCAGUCUGGAUACUUCCAUGUCGUUGUUGGCUUCUACUUUUUAGAUGGUCAGAUACAGACGAUUGUAACGACACAUCAUGAAUUAGAAGGUUCUUGGUAAUGUGUUGUACUUUGAUAUCCUUUCAUCUUCGUCAGGUCCGGAGCAUGACGUGGAGGCCGCUACGACUGCAUUGGACCUCCUUCGGAUGUUGCUGCGAUGGGAGCCCGAACAGCGGCUGACAGCCUGGGGAGCGCUGAAGCAUCCUUUUUUGUCCACAUUGCAUUGUGAGGAAGAAGAGCCUGUCUGGUCACGGGAUUCCGUCGACUCACUUCGGCUUCGCGUUGAAAACGGCGCUGCGUCCUUCGCCGACCCACACGCCCGUGAAGGAAGUACUUUAAUUCAUAAGCUUCUUUGCAUUGCUGAUUUGCAGAUCCAACGUCGCAUGUCUCCGAUAUUGAAUCGGGCCGAAAGAUGACUUGCUCAACCUGUUAUCUCAGGUUCCUCUUUCGCAAAUAGUGCACCGAGCGACGCGCUGCCGGUUCCCCCUAUUGACUUUGCGUUCGACUCGCGCGAGUUGGGGGAAACUGAAUUGAGAUUGGAGUUGAUGCGAGAGGCGGCUUCGUACUAUCCCCACGACUGCUGGCGGUGUUAUUUCGCGCCUGAUCCAACACCUGGAGAACAAGCCGUGCGGGAGUUUGAGGUAUUGUCGUUGCCGCCCUAUUCUCGCAAAAAAAGUCGCUCAAAAACGCGUCGGAAAGUGUCGAAUACGCCGCUUUUGAAGGGCGUUCUGUCUGUGUGGCAAUUUGCUCUGACCAGUGGCGAAAGCGCAUCAUCUUUUUCUACUACGUCUUCGGGAGAGAAUCACAACGGCAAUGAAAAUCAUACUCUAGCAUCCUGUUCCAGUCAUUCCGCAGAAGCAGUCGCUAGUACAAGCAGUAGUAGCUCGUCGUCGGCAUCGGACGUCGCGACAAGUACACCGCACCAUCUGAGUGGAGGCCGCAGUGUGGCAAGUUUGACGUUGGUGGAUUCGCAGGCCACAGUGGAACUGUUUCAAAAUGGUAUGCUCACAUUCGCCGCCGAAUCUCAAGGCUGCACUGGCUCGCUUGAUCUGCGCUUGUGUAAGAUGCAACUAGGGAUACCCACUCAGUGCAUGCACGCAAUGCCCCAGCAGCAAGGUCUCACAUUCUUCGCUCUGGUGCGCGAUGGUGGCUCUUCGACCGUCUCGACUGGGAGGUCCGAAAUUUCUUCCCGAGAAGGCGGAGAUAACGAAGACCAAGGUGGGGCUCGAAAUUUAAGGCACCUGGAGAUAGGUCAUUUUCACAGAUGUUGAUUCUCGUCUCAGUGUAAGUAUAUUUUUAAAGAGGGUUUGUUCGAUCUUAAGCUUGAUUGGAUUUUGAUUUCGACUAUGAAAUACAAUUAUAUUAACAUUCUGUUUCGCUAGCCGUAGUUCUAAGAAAAAACUUCAGCGAGGAUGAACAACAGGACACCAUUCUUGUGUUUGCAUUGGAGUCCGCAGAGAUGCGCAAAAUGUGGGUGAAGCGUGUAGGCAAGUUCACGAUCGAGGAAGAGCUAGCGCAUCAGAGACCAGUGAAUGCGAAGCAGAAGCAGCGGACUCGACUAAGCGUUGUCGAGUCGUCGAGUAGCUCUCAGUCCGUUGCUGCGGCCCGAGAUGCCCUGUUUAUGUUUUGAGCUGAACUAAGUUUUAAGUAGUCUUCUUGCCAAUUUCUACAUAGUUUAGGAACAGUACAACCGUUGACGCUGUACCUGCAGACGUUUAUUUUUCCGUUUGAGCCGGUCAUCGUGAUUAGAAGAAGAAUUAGCUUAUGAGGAAAUAUUGGAUUGCUUCCUUUCAUCUCUCUGAAGUCGGGCGGGAAUAGCUUUGUGGAAGCGGCGAGUGGCAAGGCCGCCCCAGCAGACUCUGUGACGACAGUACUGCUCAAGCAGGAGAUGGCUGCUUGCGGUCACGGAGACACCUCCUCCGCAUCUGGAAGUUCAAGCAGUAGCGCCAGCACAUCAAACAGCUUUUCUGAAUCCGAAGAGCCCUCUUGGGGCCAGCAGCGUGCGGCAGCGGCGGGUGGCAAGCAACGACGCGGAUCUAUGGUUCAAAGGCGCAUGUCCGUAGAAAUGCUUGUGGCGCAAAUGGAGGCCUUAACGCUCGCAGGAGGCCGUCGCGCCCAAGGUAGCGAAUCUCUGAAGCAUGGAGGUUCAUCCAGAACGGAUUCCGCAACGGGAAGCGACCCAUCUGUUAAACAGCAGCAGAACACUAUGUCUACCACUAGCAUGCCUAACGAUGUUCAAGGUCCCGACACAGCAAAUUUCUUGCAAGCUCAUCUCCAAGACAUGAAGAAUCAAGCUGGGAUUUCAGCAUCUGUUGAUCGAGUAGCACCUCCAAGUCAGGUAUCUCCAGGUUGUCGCAAUCGUCGCAACUCCCAGCUAGAAUUUUCCAACGCGAAUCAAACAAUUGUGGUGUUUGACUGGGACGAUACUUUGUACCCAACGACUUGGGUCCGUAACGAUUUUCAGCUCAGCUACAAUUAUGCGCAAGGAUUUCAUGCAGUAGAUAUAUAGUAGCUAGGGUCCUUUUCUCUGGUUGUGGGUUUAUUUGGUGAACCGGUGCCCCGUAGCGAAUAAACCUGGGCGCACAACCAGAGAGCUGCGCACUCACCGGAGGCGUUGCACAGGGCUCCGGCCUGCCUUCGAAGGUGAGACCUAUGGGGCUGACAGGACGACGAUAGUGCCUGCGCUUGAUUAAUUUUAGCAGAUAGGCGGAUACUUGAUGAUAGUUACUCUUUUCUCUUUUCUAUCUUCCUUUGGCCUUUCUUUUUUCUAGUUAGGUCUGCUCCACCACAAUUAUGCGCAAGGAUUUCAUGCAAAAAUAAUGAUGAACUCACAAGGAAGAUUUCAUUGGGCAAUAGGGCACUGCCGCAUUCAAGGACUUGCUUCACGGUUGUAAGUAGAAAGCUAGAUCAUGAUGUUCCUUCACUUCUUCGCUUUUUUCCUGACUCUCCAGUGCUCGCUUUAAGAUCGAUAUCCUCUGGACUGGCAGCUCUCGGAACCAAUGCUGUCCACGGUGAAGGCGAAGUUGGCCCAGUUUGAGGCGGAGUCGGAGCUUUUGUUGCGACACGCCGCGACGCAUGCGGAAGUUCUAAUUGUCACACUGGCGAAGCGGCCAUGGAUUGACAUGUCUGUUGAGCACCUGACUCCGAAACUUGGCCAAGUUGUCAGGGAACUGAAAGUACUUCGAAUGGUUUUUACUGGCAGCUGUUGUACUAUUGUUUUUGUUGGUGGUAGAGGCUUAUCGAGUUUCAGGUUGUUUUGUCGAUGAAUCACAGUUAUAUAGUUUUCCUAGAAGUUUCAAGUUUACUUUCUCAUUCCGAAAUGCAGAUUCCAAUGCUUUACGCGCAAGAGUUCUCUCACUUAGCGGAGGGCGAAACCCGAGAGCAGCAGUAUGCGUACAUGAAGGGAUUGGCGAUUGCGUCCGGUGUAGAUCGCUUCUAUUCCCAGUACGCGGGUCAGACGUGGAAGAACGUGAUAUCUGUCGGCGACAGCGAUUUCGAGCGCAUGGGCACGCAAGCGGCCAUACGCGAUUAUUAUUUGCGAUUUCUUCAAAAAAACGCUGGGUUGUCGCCCGUCCGCCUCACCUCUGCCGAUCAGCAGAACUUCAUGCCGACACUAUUGCAGGACGAUGACGGGCAACAGCAGGAGCACCAGGGAGAUGACAACUUGGGGAGCGCAACACAAGCUGCUGGAGGAAACAAGACGAAAGAUCCAAAUUCGCCGACCGCUUUUGGUGUUCUGCCGACGAGCUCGUUGGCGCGCAGUGCUGCAGGGACUUCUGGUGAGCAGUACUCGAUGACAUCGCAAAUUGAGAUGGACUUCGACAAUCCGCUUCCCGUGAUUUCGCUAGAGCCUCUGGACGAGGAGGACGAAGCAGCAGGGCAGAAUGCACAUGCAGCUGGUGCGCAGAGCAAGAGUCUAUUGUUUGCAGACGACUUCGACGAGGCACCAGAUGAACUCUCAGUCACGCGAACCUCGUCAAAGGCAAGCUCCCGAAGCACAAGUCGCGCUGGUAGCAAACACGCGUCCGCACGAAGAGGGAGCGGUGGAAUGGAAGCGAUACCCGACGUGCAGGAAGACCAGGUGCAAUUUUUAAGGGUUCCAAUGUGAUCGUUCCACAACGUGUAUCAUCCUUGGAUUCUUGACCAGGUUGAUGUGAGAACUAGAAGAAGUUGCCUAUUUUUUUCUCGAAAUAUUAACAAGAUCGAAUCAGUGCUGGUGUUGCCAAUAAUCAAGGAGACAACUCUGGUUCGCGUAUUCUUGUUGUACUGAUUCGUGGUCUAAUUGGCACGCCGCCCAAGCCUAAGACGAAGGGUUUCGUGCGAAGCCCGGUUGAUGGGCGCACCAUGCGUGUUCGCUGUAAAACGGUGAAGCUUUUGGAGGAACCGACAGUCGAGGAGCUUUUGGCGCAGGUCUCUCUAGUGCGGAUUUGGCUCCGUCCUUUAAUUUUGAUGAAUCGCGGAGUGGAUCUGCGUCUUUCCACUUCAGAGCACGACGAGGAAAUUCAGCAGAUUCAUGCCCUCCUCACAGGCACAACGCCGAGCACCGAUCUAAACUGGGUGCAUCUCUCAGGGCUUUCGGAGCCGUAA